AGGAAAAAAAUGAAAAUCUAAAAUCGAAGAGAUAGAGAGCGAUCGUGAUAAAGAGUUUUCAUUGCUCUUUUAUCUAAGUUUUUUCGAUGGAGGGUAUGGUUGGGUUUGAGUUUCGUCCGAACGACGAGGAGCUCGUUGGUCACUAUCUCCGUAACAAAAUCGAAGGAGACACCAGCCUCGUUGACACAGCCAUUCCCGAAGUCAACAUCUGUAGCUACGAUCCUUGGGACUUGCGCCGUCAGUCGAAGAUCAGAUCGAAAUAUCCUGUGUCUGUGUGGUAUUUCUUCUCCCGUAGAGAGAAUGGGAUACGACAGAACAGGAGAACGCCUUCUGGGUUCUGGAAACUUACCGGAGAGUCUGUUGAUGUCAAUGAUCAGUGGGGGUUUUGGACUGGAGCUCAAGGUAAGAUUGGUCAUAAAAGGGUUUUAGUCUUCCUCAAGGGACGAGGCUCUCAGCAAACCAAAUCUGACUGGGUUAUGCACGAGUUUCACUACGACUACGACCUCUUGCCAGAACAUGAGAGGACCUAUGUCAUUUGCAGACUGGAAUACAAGGGUCGCGACACGAAGUUUCUAUUUGAUUGUCCAACAGAUCCCACUCCCACUUUUGUCCCCAAUCCAACUAAUAGUGAAGGUUCUGUGGUCGACCGAUCAUUUGAAGAAUAUUUAGGAUCUUUCUACAAUAUCUCUGAGUUUGAUUCAGCAAAUCAGGGCCACCAGCUUGGAAACUUUAAUAUGCAACAACAAGUUCCUUACUUGGAGGACUCAUGUGUUGAUGAUCCACAGAGGAUUUGGGACUAUCCAAUCAGCGAAAUAAUGUCAAUUAUGCAAGUUAAUCCCAGUAAUCACUGUCCAAAAACUCCGCUUACAGGGGUUUUGGCCGAUGAUAGCUGUGAUAGUGACACUGACUCAAUGACUUGCAGAGACACUUCGAGCUCAACUGAUAGUGAUGGUUGUUCGAAUGAAUCGGACCAUACUCUCACUGAUGAUGAUAUUUCAUCAUUAAACACUAUUGAGCCUUUGCACAAUUAUGAGGCACGAGGGAUGCCAAAGCAGCCUGUAUUGCAUUUGCAAGUCAAACAAAAGGUGUUUACCAACACGGUGAAGCAUAACUGGAUUGUUUUAGAGGAGAUGACUCAAACGAAUUCAAAGUGGAACUAUCUCAAGAACAUGAUCAUUGGCUUCUUAUUGCUCAUAUCCAUCAUUGGCUGGAUCAUUGUGGUUUAGUCAAAUCCGACUCAUGCUCACAAUUUUUCUCUUUCUUGUGUGUGCGUUUUUGUUGUUUUGUUUUUUUGUUUCUUUGCUUUGCUCAGUUUUUAGAAGUCUGAAGUUUUACAAUAAUCGUACAACUAGUGUAUGCUGUGAAUAAUGAAGAGAUCC